AUGGCGCAGCACCACGGCAGCUACUCCCUGGAGGUCGCCGCCGCCGGCUCCGAGCUCGACGACGACGGCCACGCCGCGCGAACUGGCAACCUAUGGACCUGCUUCGCGCACAUCAUCACCGCCAUAAUCGGCUGCGGCGUGCUGGCGCUCUCGUGGAGCGUCGCGCAGCUGGGCUGGGUGGGCGGCCCCGUCGCCAUGCUCUGCUUCGCCUUCGUCACCUACCUCUCCGCCUUCCUCCUCUCCCACUGCUACAGGUCCCCCGUCUCUGACGGUGACGACUCCCAGAAACGCCAGAGGAACUACACCUACAUGGACGCCGUCAGGACGCACCUGGGGGAGAAGCGCACCUGGCUCUGCGGCCUGUUGCAGUACCUCAACCUGUACGGGACGGCAAUCGCCUACACCAUCACCACGGCGACUUGCCUCAGGGCGAUCAUGAGGGCCAACUGCUACCACAGCCAAGGGCACGACGCACCCUGCGGCGCCGGCGGUGAUCACCUCUACAUGCUGCUCUUCGGGGCGGCCCAGGUGGUGCUGUCCUUCAUACCCAACUUCCACAACAUGGCAUGGCUCUCUGUCGUCGCCGCCGUCAUGUCCUUCACCUACUCCACCAUCGGCCUCGGCCUCGGCCUCGCCAAGACCAUAGAAAAUGGGGCGAUCAAAGGAAGCGUCGCCGGAGUUCCGAUGAGCACCCCGGCGCAGAAAAUCUGGCGAGUCGCGCAGGCCAUCGGCGACAUCGCAUUCGCCUACCCGUACACCAUUGUCCUGCUGGAGAUACAGGACACGCUCAAAUCGACGCCACCUGAGAGCGAGACGAUGCGGAAGGGGAACGUCAUCGCGGUCCUGGCCACCACAUUCUUCUACCUCGCCGUGAGCUGCUUCGGGUACGCCGCCUUCGGCAACGCCGCGCCGGGCAACCUGCUCACCGGCUUCGGCUUCUACGAGCCCUACUGGCUCAUCGACUUCGCCAACGCCUGCAUCGUGCUCCACCUGCUUGGUGGCUACCAGAUGUUCAGCCAGCAGAUCUUCACCUUCGCGGACCGGUCCUUCGCGGCCAGGUUCCCGAACAGCGCGUUCGUGAACAAAUCCUACGCCGUGAAGGUGCCCGGCGUGCCGGCGUCGUGGAGCUACAGGCUGAACCUGCAGCGGGUGUGCUUCCGGACGGCGUACGUGGCGAGCACCACGGGGCUGGCCCUGCUCUUCCCCUACUUCAACGAGGUGCUGGGCGUGCUGGGCGCCAUCGUCUUCUGGCCCCUCGCCAUCUACCUCCCCGUCGAGAUGUACUGCGUCCAGCGCGGGGUCCGGCCGUGGACGCGGACGUGGGUCGCGCUCCAGGCAUUCAGCGCCGUCUGCUUCGUCGUCGGCACCUUCGCCUUCGUCGGCUCCGUGGAGGGCGUCAUCCGCAAGAGGCUCGGCUAG